GUGUGUACAUGGUGUACAUACAUUUGCUAUACAGCUUUGACAAAUCAUAUGUUUGUCUUCAAAGUCUGCUGUAAACAAAGAUCUACUUGUCGGAAUAUACGAAAUACCUGAAAAAAAUGGAGAAUGAUAGCCCCGUAAUAUACGGCCUCGAAUUUCAAACGAGAGCACUGUCGGCUCAGACCGCAGAGACGGACAUAGUUCGAUUUUUGGUCGGCACGCAAUCAUUGAAAUUCAGUAACAAUCAAGUUCACUUGGUCGAACUGAACGAGGAAACGGGAAGUUUAAGGACUCAGAUGUUUAAUCAUCCCGUCGGAGAAGUUUGGUCUUUACAAGCUUCUCCGACAGACCCUAGUAUAUUUAUUACAUGUUACAAUACUUUAAGUGACGAUGGUUCUUGCCACAUGAAGGGAGCACUUUGGCAAUUGCCACAGUUAAAGGAAUAUACGAACAACGUCGAGAAUCUUACGAAAUUAGCAGACAUCGAUACUACUCCUUAUGGCACAGACCUUAAAACGAUCGCGUAUCAUCCCAUGGAUUCGACGAAAGCCGUUUCCGUAGUCGACAAUAAAUUUAUACUAUGGGACCUAACCGAUAACGGCCCAAAGGCUACCACUACGUCCGGAACGUUAGCUAGUAAAGGCCAGCCACGUUUCACAAACGGUAAAUGGAACCCACACAAUGGUUGCAAUCAGUUCGUUACAUUAAAUGAGAACAAUGUUCGCGGAUGGGAUUUCCGAAAUCCUACCGAACCGUCCUGGACGAUACUGUCUGGCCAUUCUCAAAUAAUUAGGGACUUAGAUUUUAACGCAAACCGACAAUACAUCUUGUCCACGUGUGGAGACGAUGGAUAUAUGAAGUUCUGGGACAUUCGAUCGCCCACAGAACCUGUAUUAUCUCGCAUGGAACACUCCCAUUGGGUGUGGAGCAUCAGAAUCAAUCGUUUCCACGAUCAAUUAGUUUUAACUUCGAGCAGCGACUCGAGAGUAAUUUUAUGUAGCAUCGCGUCGAUUUCCUCGGAACCUUUCGGGCACAUAGUCUCCGCCGAUGAUGAUUCCGCGCAAAACGAUUACGGUUGCAAGAAGGAUAAACUAGAAGACGGAGUCGUUGGGAGGUACGAGGAACACGAGGACAGCGUUUACGCGGUCGAAUGGUCGUCGGCCGACCCUUGGACGUUCGCUUCGUUGAGUUACGACGGGAGAUUGGUAUUGAAUAAAGUGCCGAGGAAAUAUAAAUACCAAAUACUACUCUAAGUGAAACUGUAUAAAAAAAAUAAAGUAAUUUUUAUUUUAAAAUCGUU